UCAAAGAAGAGGAUAGAAGUAGUGGUAUGAUCGCUGGCGCGUUUCUUCAAAACUUUACCAAGAGGAUGUCUGAAUUAUAAACUACUUUUUCUUUCCAGUGCUACAAUGACGCAGCCGCAGGGCGACGAUGAGCAAUACGUGUUGAUGGCCAGCUUGGACAACGCUCGCAAUCUGUCCAACAUCGUUAAAGCCAUCGCUUUCAAAGACCACGCCCUCUUCACCGCUACACGCAACGGCCUCAAAGUCACCGUAGAAGACUCCAAAUGUCUUCAAGCUAAUGCCUUCAUACAGGCUGAAAUCUUCCAGGAAUUUACCAUCAAGGAAGAUGUGGUGGGAUUGCAGAUCAACCUCACAGUUCUCCUGGAUUGUCUCAGUAUUUUUGGAGGCAGCACAGUACCCGGUGGCGUGACAACCGCCCUGCGACUAUGCUACAGAGGCUACGGUUACCCCCUGACCCUGUUCCUGGAGGAGGGAGGAGUGGUGACUGUUUGCAAGAUCAACACGCAAGAACCCGAGGAGCCACUUGACUUUGAGUUCUGCAGCAGCAAUGUCACAAAUAAGGUGAUCCUACUGUCGGAGAGUUUAAAGGAGGCUUUUUCGGAAUUGGACAUGACCAGUGAGGUGCUACAGAUUACCAUGUCUCCAAGCCAGCCUUACUUUCGGCUGUCAACAUUUGGCAACAGUGGAAGCGCUCAUUACGAUUACCCCAAAGAUUCUGACAUGAUGGAGCUGUUCAAUUGCACCAGUGCACAAAUCAACAGAUACAAAAUGUCCCUACUGAAACCAUCCACCAAGGCGCUGGCGUUGUCUAGCAAAGUGUCUGUGAGGACCGACAGCAGGGGAGUCUUGUCGCUGCAGUACCUGGUCCGCAACGACGACGGACAGAUCUGCUUUGUGGAUUACUACUGCUGUCCCGACGAGGAAGUGGGUGAUGACUAUUGAUGGUUCCCCUAGAAAUGUGGCAGGGCAGCUUCAAAAAAGGUUCAAAAUAGUUGAACUUGCUGCUCAUUUCAGCACUUUUAUAUUUUCUGCUUUUUUGUGGAUAUGUUUACAUAUACUUGGGGGUGUUAUCGGCAGCAAUUUUUUUAUGGCCGUUUUCAUUCGAUUGUGACGAAAAGAACAUUAUUCACUCAUCACAUUAAGUGCAGGGUGACCAGUUUCGUUACAAUGAGUUGGCCACUAAAGGGCACGAGCUACUACGUGUUAUCUGGUAUUGUCAAGAAUAUAGUACAGUAUUGUGGUUUUCACACAAUACAAUAAUUUUACAUCACGUAUUACUCUUAUGUUUCCAUGGAUUUAACAGUUGGAUAUGAUGGAUAUGUACAUUUUUAUUUGCAUCAACUCAUCGUGCUGUCUACUAAUGUUUUGUACAUUUGUAAUGUAAAGCUCCUUGUUAUGGCAAAAGCGCUGUAUAAAUAAAGAUGUAUUGUACUUUA